AUGGCUACUAGACCUCCCCUUUCGCCUCCGGUGAACGAGACGGAGCAUUCCGUCAGCCGGAUUACUCGUGAAGGCAAAAGAAUCACAUACAAGCUCAAUGUUAUGCAACAGCCCGAACGUGCAAGAGCAUGCGGUGCCGGCGCCAAAUCAUCUGCGGACCGUCGCCCUGUUGAUCCCCCACCGGUUGUCGAGCUGCGUAUAUUCGAGUCCGAUCCGAACGAUGACGUGCACAAGACAGAUAUCACCUUCGCCUACAACGCCAAUUUCUUCCUGUUUGCUACGCUAGAAACUGCUCGCCCCAUGGCGCAAGGACGGCUUGCCCCAACCCCGACGUUUCCCGUUCUCACAGGUGUCCCGGUGGCGGGAGUGGCAUACUUGGAUCGCCCGUCUCAGGCUGGAUACUUCAUCUUUCCCGACCUUUCCGUCCGUCAUGAGGGUGUUUAUCGGUUGAGCUUCCAUUUGUACGAGGAGACCAAGGACAGCAAGGAUGCGGAUGAAAGUGCACCAAUUCGGUCACCAAUGAUGAAGGGGAAGCCCUCAAUUCCCAAAUCGUUCCUGAACUUCCGUCUCGAAGUCGUAUCGGUCCCGUUCACGGUUUUCAGUGCCAAGAAGUUCCCCGGUCUGACCACCAGCACUUCCUUGAGCCGCAUCAUUGCAGAGCAAGGCUGCCGCGUCCGUAUCAGGCGUGACGUCCGUAUGAGACGACGUGGCGACAAGCGAUCUGACGACUACGACUUCGACGAGGAACGAUCCCACCGCGGCCGUAUUCCGGAUCGGUAUUCAACACCUGACGCCUACGCAAACCCUGUUGAGCGUCCACGAUCGACCAGCAUUGGGUCCGUGGACCCAGCUUUCUCCUAUGGGCCUGAGGCUCCUCGUCGGCCAUCUGCCACGGAGUACGGCUUCCCGAAUCCUCAGGCUUAUCCACGAGCGAUUCCGCCGGCGCCUGCUCCCGCACCACCGGCCUCUUCUACACCCACUCCAGUUGCUCCCAUCGCUCCUUCCCGCAGUUCCUCUUACACUUCUCAUCUUUCUUUCGGCGCGACGCGGACUCAGUAUCCUGCCCCACAACUACCUGGAACUCCUCAGUCUGCAACCACGCCAACUCAGGUUUAUUCUCCUCAUCCGACUUAUACUCACACAAGGAACCCGUCAACAAGCACCGAAUACGAGCCUAUGCCCUCUGGCUAUCCCCCAUCUCGAUUGCCGGCGGAGCGUUCUACCUACUCGAAGCCAUUGCCGCCUAUCCGCGUAUUGCAUCCUUCAGAUCCUACCGCAUAUCGGGCCAUGGCCAAUCCUGUGCCACCUCGCGCCCCAACUCCCUCCAAUGCCGCUCCUUCACUUCCGCCCAUCGCAUCCAUCUCCGCCGAAUACUCGAAUAAUCUGCCGCAGCCACCGAGCAAUCUGGCGCCUAGUCCGAACCGGGAACCCAGGGGAUUCUUGUGGGAUACCCGCACGGCAGCGUCUUCGAAGCGACCUCAUGAGGAUGCGUUUGGUCAUAGCGAGCGCCCACUUUACAAUGGCAUGCGGCCCGACAACGACAGCUACCCCAGCGCGGACCGCAGGCCAUCCGACGUUCAUCGGGCGGCGCUGCUCAGCGACCGGGACGAAAUGGCAUACAAGCGGGCCAACGGGCGGAUGGCCACCAAAAUUUCUCCGGCCAUAUAA